CUAACUUCGUCCCUACAACUUAUCCGACUCCGCACUACUUUGUCAUCAUCACUAUCCUUCUGCUCUCUCCCUUGGAGAACGGUUUCUCUCAGCCAUCCUCUCCACCCCCUCCUCACUCUAAUCUCCGCUCCUCCCCGCCAUGAUCGGUCAUCCCUAAUCCCUCCGACUUCCGCCCGCACCACCAACACCACCAACACCACCCACGCUUGCCGAUUGAAUCCCACACAAUGCUUCACUUCCGCACCCAAGGCUUUAACGGCUGCGCGGUCAAAUAUUCUCCCUUCUUCGACAACCGACUCGCCGUUGCCGCGUCCGCCAAUUAUGGACUGGUUGGCAAUGGCCGUCUCUUCAUUCUCGAAUUGACCCCGCAGGGCAUUGUGCCCGCCAAGCACUUCACCACGCAAGACUCCCUCUAUGACCUUGCCUGGUCCGAGAUUAACGAGCAUCAAGUCCUGACCGCCAGCGGUGACGGCAGCAUCAAGCUCUUCGACACGAGCCUUAACGACUUCCCCGUGCAGAGCUGGAAGGAGCACAACCGCGAGGUCUUCAGCGUGCAUUGGAACCUGGUGGCCAAGGACCGAUUCAGCUCCAGCAGCUGGGACGGCACAGUGCGCGUCUGGUCGCCGCAUCGGCCGCACUCGCUGCUGACCCUGCCGACGCACAGCUGCACCUACGCCGCCAGCUUCUCGCCGCACUCGCCCGACCUACUAGCCUGCGUUACCUCGGACUCGUACCUGAGAUUGUACGAUCUGCGCACCCCGGCCUCCGCGUCAAACCACUUGACCCUGCAGAUUCCGAUCCACGCGGGGGGUUCCCCAGCAGCGGCAGCAGCAGCACCCCAACCAGCACCAGGCGCACCGCCGCCCCUGAUGGCUGGGGGCUCUGUGGCGCCCGCUGAGGCCUUGACGAUGGAUUGGAACAAAUACCGGCCCUCGACGCUGGCAACGGCGGGAGUGGAUCGCACCAUCCGGACUUUUGAUAUCCGGGCCCCGCACCAGGGCCCGCAGGCCGUCAUGCUGGGCCACGACUACGCCGUUCGCAAGGUCGCCUGGUCGCCGCACCUGUCGAACGUCCUGCUCAGCGCCAGCUACGAUAUGACCUGCCGCGCCUGGACGGAUCAGUCCCCCGCGGGCGUGGUCGGUGAUGUCGACAUGAUGCGCGGCGGGCCCGGCCCCAACAUGGGCGUGGAGCUGGGCCGCAUGGGUCAGCACACGGAGUUCGUUACAGGGGUGGAUUGGUGUUUGUUUGGAAGUGAGGGGUGGUGUGCCAGCGUUGGCUGGGAUGAGAGUUUGUAUGUCUGGGAUGUACGGGCUGUGAUGGGUGGUUGAUUUGUAGGGGUGUUGGUGACUGGACUCCUUUUUUUUGUAUUAUGGAUAUAUGAUGAUUCUUUAGACUGCAUGAUACCAG